CUCCUCUCGGUCACCCCCCUGCACCUGCAUGCUCUGCGCCACCACCUGCAAUCAUGAGUCACCCAGAUAUAGGGCCGCUGUCGGGUUAUAACAGUCUGACAGACAAACAUCUAACAGGAUAUUUUAACAAUACCAGGAUUCGGAGACAGCUGCAGAAGGCAGGGCUGAUCACAAGAAGCGGGAGAAUACUGACCGAAAAGGAAUACAGAAUCAAUGCCAUGAGACGCGACCAUCAGAAAUACAUCAGAGAAUGUCUGGCCCAGGCUAUAUUUCACAAGGUCCUUGACAUGGAGCGACGUCACCAAAUUGACAUUAAGAGAAAACUGGAAACAUUCGCCAGAAAAGAACGAGUGCAAAGAUUUAAGGUGGAUCAUUCCAAGAGGACUGAAGAAGACUCGUUUCCAGCCUUCUCCCCUUGCCCACCUACAGGACCUAAAAGUGGCUCCAACAGGCGCCUGGGGAAUCAUGAACGGUCCGACUCCUCUGAAUCUUCUUCAUCCCUUCGUCCAAACACCGCACCGGGUAAUAUGCAGCGUCCAGUUCGUCUACAACCAUUGCCGAAAUACUCAUCUUCUGGUAAUGUACCAAAAAUGUCUACAGCUCCCCGACAGAAGCACACUGCUGAUGAUGAAGAGCAACGAUUUGCCAGCACGACGGACAAUGAGGUCAGGAGAAUCACGCACACAGCAGACUACUCCGUGGGAAUAUCACCUUAUCGGCUUCCUAUCAUUAACAAUUUUGUAAUCCCUGUUCCACCUCCUCCCCAGAGGCACCCUAAGCAGACAAUGGGCACGGCCUCCAGAAGGAGGAAAUUUCGCCCCACCACUGCCCCAAAUGAGCUUGACGUCUCUGUAAAGGACACUGGGAAAUUUCAUAAAACGUCCUUGCACAGCAACGUGAAGAUUACCAUGGUUUACCUGGGGAAAACCGUGCAUUUAUCAUACGAAGAUAGCGACUACAGAGACGAAAUAAAGGUUUUCCAGCAGCACUGUGGGGGUGAGAACCUCUGCGUUUUUAAAGGAGGACUCCUGGAAGAAGAACGCUUCAGUUUGGUCUCUAGACGUCACCGCGGUUUUCCAUUCAGCCUCACGUUUUACAUUAAUGGGAUCCAGGUGGACCGGCUGAGCUCUUGCUGUGAAUAUAAACAUCGCAAAGGAGCGCGGCUUGGGGGCAAAAAUGGAUAUUUUCAAUUCAUCAAUAUUGAGGGGGCUUCUCCUUGUUACAGGUGCAUCAUUUCAAUGGGUCUGGAUAAAAAGCCAUCUCCUCCACCAAAGAGUAGGACAACAGAAAAAGACAAGAAGGACAGAGAGGAGGAGGAGGAGGAAGAGAAGGGUGAUGAAGAGGAGGUCAUUGAGGGGAGGUUCUACAAUGAAGUUGAUGAUAAAGAAGGAAAGACGAGCUCAGUUUGUGAUGAUGAUGGUGAAGAUGACGACCAGAAGACUGAGGAUGAGUCAGAUAUGGACUAUAAUGAGGAAGGAGUGGAAGAAGAAGAGGAAGGGGAGAACAAAGCAUGCAAGACAGAUGAAUAUGAAGCUGAUGAUGACUAUGAGGAAGAUUUUGAUGUUGAGGAAUACAAACCUGAUGAGAAACAUAAUGAAGAAGGACAGGUUGAUGAUCAAGUGAAUGAAAAGUCAAAGUCACCCUCGGAUGAUGAAAAAGAUGAUUUAAACCCGGAACGGAGACGUGGCACACCAUCAAACGCGGUGCCAGAGGCUUCUGACAGGGAGAGAGAUGAAAGGGAUGGGCAUUGUGACAGCGACUACCUGGAGGAUAAACAAGGAAAACAUAGCAUAGCUGACGAGGAAAUGAACUCAGCGGCGAGAAAAAUCCAGACUCUCUAUAGAGAACAUAGAGUGCGCCAGCCGAGCCUUCAGAGGAAGAAAGAUAGGAAGCGCACAGAAUCCAUUUCAUCUAACAGUUCAGUAGGUAGUUCCUCAAGUGAAGAUGGCACAGAUGAAGAUGACAUUCAUGAAAGACACGAAGAUCAUGAGGCAGAAAGCGACCAGGAGAAGAGAUUUAAGGAAACAACUCAAGACAUGGACAACCAUGAUUUAGAAAAGAGUCUACUACCGGAAGAGCCAGACAAGGAGUUGCUGGAGAAACAGCUUGAAGAACAUGAUAUGAUUGUUGAUGAGAACGUUGAAGGUCAUGAUGAUGUAGUUAAACCACUGUCCAAUAGACCAGACGAGGACAGGAAUACAAACUGUGUGAGCCCUGAUAAUGAGCAGGUAAAUGAUGAUGGAACCUUAGGUCACAUGGAUGAGGAGGACAAGUCUGAGGCAGAAGAUGACUUAGAGAAUAAACUUACCAGUGAUGAGGAGGGUGGUGAGUAUAGGAAAGGAACUGUGGUGUGAGCCUCCUGCAUGCCACCUGUGCUGUGUUACCAGUGUGCCUAGCCAAGAAAGCAUGCACAAUGUAAUUCCUUUCGGUCUCUCAUUGGCAAUAAAUAUAAAAUAAACAUUGUAAUAUGGAAAAAGAUACAUUGUUCUUAAAGGGUUAGAAAACCCAU